CUCUGUGUAUGCCUCCCUCUCUCCCUCCGUCUUUUCCUCUUUCUGCUCUCUGCCUGGGUGCUGAAGUAGAGAUUGCCAGUGCGCACCGCGGCAGCGCUCAUCGCCUCACUUUACGGACUUUUGCUACGCCGAGGAUAUACAGGAGGUGAAAACAGGAGGGGGGAAGAAGUGGCCAGCGCCGGUCCGACUGGACAUUUGAGAAGUGGAGAGGAAGAAGAAGCGGCCGGAAGGGCGGACGGGGCGCAGCGCACCAUGGCCUCAAAAGAGAACUCAGCGGUCGGUUUUGUCAACGUGAGCAGGGAAAUCACAGAGUGCAUCAGGAAGGUGCUGGACAAACAACCCAUUAAGUUUGUGCGAGCCAUCAAGCAGGAGACGAGAGGUGGCAAAUCAGAGGACAGAGUUCUGGUCCUGGCAACAUGGAGACUGUAUCUCUUCACUGUCAAAGUGCCCACCAAGGUGGAGGUCACUUUCAACUUUUUGGAGAUCAGAGCAAUGAACACCUACCCAGACUACCAGGUGGUCAUCGAUACAGACAAGACCACCUACUCGCUAAGACUUCAGACCCAGGACCAGCUGGAUCACAUGGUCAACCACAUCAACUACGCACUCUCCCGGGUCUUCAACAACUCAAUUUAUGCUCCUCCUAUUUGUCGAGCAGAAGGAGACCUGCCUGAUGGCAGCCAUAAGUUUUCACCCAACUCUGAAUCAUCCUUAGAGCCUCCUAAAACCUGUGGUGGUUUUUCUGAGACAUAUGCUGCCCUUUGUGACUACAAUGGAAUCGGCUGCAAAGAAGAAGUGCAGUGGGACGUUGACACAAUCUAUCACUCUCAGGACAACCGGGAGUUCAACCUACUGGACUUCAGCCAUCUUGACAGCAGGGACUUGGCAGUGAUUGUUGCAUCCAUUGCCUACAACACCUGGUUCACCAAGCUGUACUGCAAAGACAUGCGCAUAGGGUCAGAGGUGCUGGACCAGAUUCUGCACACAGUCAGCAAGUCCAACAGUCUGGAGGAGCUCACACUGGACAAUGCUGGACUUAAAGCGGAUUUUCCACAGAAGAUGGCGUCGGCUUUAUCAGAGAACCCAGCCUCCGUGAUUCACUCCCUCAGUCUGGCUCAUAACACACUUGACAACCAAGGAGUCUCCAACCUAAUUCAACAAGUCUGUCGGCUCAACAAAGGCCUACGCCUCCUCAAUCUCUCCAAGACUUCUCUCUCCUCCAAGGGUGUUGUUUCAUUGUCCCAGGCUCUGUGUUCAAGUGAUGACUAUUCCAACUCCCUGCUGCACCUGAACCUCAGCAAGAACCCUGGGGUUCUGUCUGGAGAGGAUGCCACAAACCUUUACUUGUUCUUGGCCCAGCCCAAUUGCCUGGUCCAUUUGGACCUGUCAGGGACAGACUGCACCGUGGACUUGUUAUUUGGGGCCCUGUUGCGAGGCUGCUGCGCCGACCUCUCCUACCUGAAUCUGUCCAAGAACGCCUUCUCUCACAGGAGGGGGAGAGACUCUCUGCCGACUUUCCGCCAGUUCUUCAGCUCCGCCUUCAGCCUGACCUAUGUCAACCUGGCCUCCAUGAAGGUCCCCCCGGAUUCACUGAGAGCUCUCUUUCUGGGUUUGUCCAACAACCCUCAUAUCUCUGACUUACACCUGGACAUCAGCAGCUGUGAGCUGAGGUCAGCAGGUGCCGCCGUGAUUCAGGAGCUGUUUCCCCGUGUUUCAUGCGUGGGGACUUUAGACGUCUCUGAUAAUGGUUUGGAUGCCGACUUGUUGGCUGUGAUCCCGGCAUUCUCCCGACACCCCUCCCUCAAACACCUGAUGUUGGGGAAAAACUUCAACAUCAAGGGCAGGGUGCUGGAUGAAAUUCUGCAGAAACUAGUUCAUUUGGUGCAAGAAGAAGAGUGUGCACUGCAGUCCCUCUCCCUUGCUGACUCGAGGCUUCGCCACCGGGGAACAGUGCUGGUCAAUGCCCUUGGCUCCAACGCCUGCCUCCGGAAGGUGGACCUGAGCGGCAACCUCCUAGAAGACUCCGGGGCCAAGAUGCUGAGCAAGGCUCUGCAAAUCAAUACGACACUCAGGAGUGUGACUUGGGAUCGCAACAACACCACGGGAGUGGGCUUCCAAGAUGUGGCGAGGGCGCUGGACCACAACUUCACGCUGCAGUACAUGCCCCUCCCCCUUUGUGACAUCUCUCAGGCGUACCGCGGGUCCCCAGAAAAGACAGAACAAGCCUUGGCCAAGAUCCAGCGUGCACUGCUCAGGAACAACCAGACUCAGCAGUUCUCUCAGAAGCAGGCACUUAGGCUGCACCAGGGUCUCGUCACCAGCACCGCUGAACAGGUGAUGGAGCGUCUGUGUGUGAGGGUGCAGCAGCAGCUUUGUGUCCUGAAGGGCUGCGAGGAUGGAGACGAGGUCCAGACGGCGAGACAAAUCCUCAAAGAGGCCAGAAACUCCAGAGCUCUGUACCCGUCCCUGUGUGAGCUGGCCCAUGUCCUGUCAGUGGACGGCCCCGUCAAGCAGCGUCUGGACACACUGGCUGGAGAGCUGGCCAAAGCCGCAGACAAAGAGCUGCAGGUGGUGGUGGACUCCAUGGUGUCUCUCUGUCGAGAGCUGUGCCCCAUGUCCUGCUUGGCUGCAGAGAGACUCAGUCCGCCUCUCUCAUCCAUCUCUGAACAAGUUUCCAUCCCUCGCUCAACCAUCCGCAGUGCCCUGAUGGAGAGAGCAGCUGAAGAUAUCAACCGAGCCCUGGAGGAGGUAAAGCUCUCUGUGGUCUCCUAUUUGACAAACUCGAUUGUGGACCAGAUCCUACAAGAGCUCUACACCACUCAUAAAACCCUGCUGCGACAGGUCUCUCAGGUGAAGCGCUGGGAUGAUGUUGGGACGGGCAGACGAUCUGUCAGACAUUCAAGACUUGUUGAAUCUCUGGAAUUUCCUGAUGAGGAAUUUGGAGUGAACCUGGGAAUAGAUACCAUGGCAAUCAAAAAGCGGAGCUCCAGAACUAGAAGAAUUCGCCCUGUCUCCACCAGAAUGAGUUUAGGUGAUGAGCCCAGUCCCUCUCCCACCCCGUCUGCUCCUUCCCACUCUGCUUCUCUCACUCACUCGGCGUCUUGGGAAUGCCUCUCCACUCUACCAACCAACGGCUCACCUUUACGUCAUGUGACCCAUGUCAGGCCACGCCCUCCGCGACGACACAGAGCCGGACACAUUCCUCCUGAAUCUCAUUGUUCUGAGAAUGGAGGAGUCAGUAUGCUGGAGGAUGGACUGCCAGAUUUCUACAGCAAGAGAGUUCUACCUGACAGUCAGCUGUCAUCCCUUCACCAGGCCCAAUCACUCAGGGGGAAGAAGAGGCGCAGUGUACUGUCGAUUUUUUCCGGCUUUCGCAAGAACCGUAACUCCACCUUCUCCAAUCAGGAUUUGGAGAGUGCUUCAGAGAACGUCUACUCCAUGAUUCAGCAUCCUAAAGAUACAGGGAGGCCAGAGAGUGCUGUUCCUGGAGCAAAUGGGACCAUGUCUUCACCUCGGCCAGCUCAGGGCGUACCUGUUCAUGGGGUGAGAGCUGCCAGCCCCCCCUGUCCCAUCCAAAGACAGUCCACAGAUCUGGUCAGCAUGGUGUACAGCUGUAUUGGGGCAGAAAUCGAGGACUCUGACAGCAGCAGCACCUGUGACUUCAAAGAGUUACAGCACAGCGCUGAUGGAUCAAACAUCAUCUCAGACACUCCGACAGAUACUCGGAGUAACGGCCAUGUGGUGUCCUCCAAACACCAGACGGACAGACAGAUGGAGAUGGCCAGGCAGGAGAGAAUUGUCCCACUGACUGAGUUGCGGACCGAGGUGGGAGAGGACGUCCAGAGCAGCGCCAUUGGCAGCGUGGCCCCCUGUGGGCCGAGGCCAGAGCCUCCUCCGCAGAGCACAAAACCCAGUCUGGCUGUGAUGAGGCAGAGACACCUGCAGGACAGUUUAGAAGAGGCGGGAAGGCUAGAGGGAGAAGAACAGAGCGAAAGGCUGCAGGAGGAGAAGCAGAGAGGGCGAGGGCCAGAGGGACAGCGUCCUCUCAUUCCCAACAAGCCCAGCAUAGAGUUCCAGAGAGACAAGACCUCUCCAGAAAAGACCAAGACUUCACCCCAAACUCUUGCCAGUCCUGAAAAAGAACAAAACAUUGAUCAGAAGAGUUUACCUCCUUCUCAGCCAGUCUCUGAAGAGAAAGUGACCAGUGAAGCAAGGAGCCCUACAAACUCUGUGAAGCCUGGAAUGGAGCACACUGAUCCCACCAUCAUCAGCCAUGAUGAGGAAGCAGAUCAUAAUGGAUUCCCAAAAACAUCCCACCACACCAGGAAGUCCAACUCAUUUGACAUAGGCAUUGAAAGGGACAUUCCAUAUGAUCCAGAGAGGUCCUCAGAUUUCAGAUUCCCUGUGAAAAGGCCUGACUUUCCCCAGUACAGAAACAGAUUCCUGGACUACUCUGCUGGGACUGGGUGUAUGCAUCUGUUUCAUUCCUUCUCUAACAUGUGGGAUAUGACAUUUAAUUACUACCCCCUCCAUCCCCCCACCCCCAUUUUUUGUUUUUUGUUCUGCGAAAAUAGUUAUUUUUUCAAUGUUUGAUAUAUUUGCUUAAUCCCCUUAUUAUUACGCUCCUCGUGCACGAGCCAUAUCCUGCAUAUUAAAAGCAAGGAUGAGCAGCCAUUUUAUAAAUAGUUGAUCAAAGUUAGACAUCAUAAAAUAUAAUUUAAAGUAAUAACCUGGCUAAUAUCCAGGUUUGUCUCAUUGCUGCUGGCAGCUUUCAGUGCAAAUUGAUGACAACUUCUCCAUUUCCACCUUUUCUCUCUCAUUCUUAAUUCUUUCCUUGGUUCCAUUAUUGUGAUAAUUGCCAGAGAGGUUUAGCUGAUUCAUCAUCAUUUUCCACUCUAAGCAGUGUGGUGCUGAAGAAGUCAACCUCAGGGUGCUGGAACUGAAAGAAUGCUAAUGAUAUGGCAAAAGCACUGCCAAUUACCCUUGUAAUCCAGCGCAGUAUAUCUUACAGAUUGUGCUGCAAGAACCUUUAACGCAACAGAGACGAAAAAAAGGUUGUGCACAUCCUAGACUUGGUAGUAUUAGAGCUAAUUAUCUCAAGUAAAAAAGGUCUGAAGGCCCUGUGUUAUCUGUCAUAUCAGUUUUGAAAUUAGGUGCAGUCAUAUCAUUUGCUUCAUUUAGACACUGAAACCAAAUUUUUUUUUUUGCUUGUAGAUCAAUACUUGUCACUGUGUCAUCCUUUAAAAAUUUCAUGAUUAGAUUAUUCUCUGGGGACAGCCAGCUGAUGAGAUGAGUGUCUAAAUUCCUGCAGACCUUCUAGAAACAAAGAAAGUUUACCUACCUUUGCUCCAGAUGUUCGGAGACCACAGCUACAAAUCUACCUAAACAUAAACAGGGUUCUCACCAGGAAUAUUUAUGAGCGGGGGUGGGGAAGAGAAAAAUAUUUUGUCUAACGGGGAGGGGGUAAGAAAAGAUUUUCUUCUGCAGCCCCGUCAAGAUAUUAGGCCGUUUAUACCCACCCUUCGAAGCUGACAUGAUAUUAGAAAGCUUUACCAUUAACGGUCGCAUAGGGUGAAUGGAAGCUGGAGCAGCGCAGGUGCUACAGCCGACAUAAGAACCACACGGAAGGAGCCCGGAUGUUAGUCAAAGGGCCGCAAGGCUCAUUUUUUAUGAGCGUAUCGGCCUAAAUUUCAGCAUAGCUGUGACAAUUUUCAGCGUAGCAACCCGCUACCCGCUGAAAUUAAGAGUGACAUUUUUACGUUUGCAAGUUGAUAAAGCUAGCUUGAAUGUCAACUCUAAUCCUUUUGUCCUUUUGUGAGUUAAGUAUUAGUGAAAUCAUUUCACUGAGGAGCUUUGUAACACAGGCAGACCCCUUCUCUCCAACACACACAAUGUGAUGUUGCCCUUGAUUCCAGCAUAAAUAAUUCAUGAUUAUUAUUAUCACGUGAUCCACCCCACGACUACUCGGAUGAUUCUGCAGUCGUGGG